GUGCGUGCGUGGAGGUGGGUAGCGGGGGUAUGGGCAGUCUCUCUAGUCACGCCGCUCACGCCCCCCAAUUCAGAGUCAGACUCACCUCUCUCGGCUCUCUGGUGGUAUCAGACAUAGUUACAGGUCACCCGCUGUCAUCACCAUGUCCGGAGAGUUGGAGUCCCUGGAGGGGUUAUUGGAGAAACAUAUCCCGGCAGAAGAGCUAGGGGAGGUCUGGAGGGUCCUCUAUGGGAGGAAACUUAGGAGUCUGGAUCUACCCACUUGUGCUCUGGAUGCUGCCUCUCAGGGAGACUUUGAAUUAAAGGGACAUAUAUUUGAGGCUGUUACAGAGCAACUAAGAAAUCCUCGGUUAGUCCGGGUGGGAUUAAUCCAGAAUAAAAUUCGGUUACCAACUACCAGUCCAGUGAAAGAACAGGUCAGUUCCCUUCACAGGCGCAUUGCAGAGAUUGUGGAUGUAGCAGCCAUGUGUGAUGUGAAAAUUGUCUGUUUCCAGGAGGCAUGGACCAUGCCAUUUGCUUUCUGUACAAGAGAGAGGCUGCCAUGGACGGAGUUUGCCGAAUCAGCCGAAAAUGGAAUCACUACCAAAUUCUGCCAGGAGCUUGCAAAGAAGCACAACAUGGUAAUUGUGUCUCCUAUCUUGGAGAGGGAUGAGGCACAUGGAGGCACACUGUGGAACACCGCUGUGGUGAUAUCAAACACAGGCGCUGUUCUUGGUAAGAGCCGGAAAAAUCACAUCCCAAGAAUUGGAGACUUCAAUGAGUCCAGUUAUUACAUGGAGGGGGAUACAGGACACAGAGUGUUCCAGACAGCAUAUGGCAGGAUUGCUGUGAACAUCUGCUAUGGCCGACACCACCCUCUUAACUGGUUCAUGUACAGCAUGAAUGGAGCACAGAUUAUUUUCAAUCCUUCAGCCACUAUCGGGGGGCUUAGUGAGUGCCUAUGGCCCAUAGAAGCAAGAAAUGCUGCGAUUGCCAACCACUGUUUCACCUGUGCCAUCAACCGCGUGGGAACUGAACACUUUGAAAAUGAAUUCACAUCAGGAGAUGGCAAAAAAGCUCAUCACGACUUAGGCCAUUUUUAUGGGUCUAGUUAUGUUGCAGCUCCUGACGGGAGUCGUUCACCUGGGUUAAGCAGGAUAAGUGAUGGGCUUCUGAUCGCUGAGCUGGACCUUAACCUGUGCCAACAGACCAGUGACAAAUGGAACUUCAAGAUGACGGGACGCCAUGAAAUGUAUGCUGCAGAGCUAACCCAAGCUGUGAGACCGGAUUUCCAACCAGACAUUGUGCGAGAGUAACUGGACAAUGAAUAAAAUUCAGAUAAAGGCUGUUACUGCAACAAUGUCACGAGAGAUGAACCCUUAGAGGUGCAACAGGUGUAUGGUAGAUGUUUAGCCAGUGAUUUUUCCACACCUCAUCCUGUCUAUACAAAUGUGUAUAUCAAUAAAAUCGAAAUUUCCAAGA